CAUUCCUAAAACAGGUUAUUGUGUUGAUAUAAAAAACAUCAAAUUCUAGUCAAAUAAAGUUGCACUACAUUGCCAUCCUUUGUUGGAUUACAAACAAAAAAAUAAUUUAUAAUUGUGAUUGUGAAGGUGUUUUUGUUGUAGGGAAAUUAAUUAAGAAAAGAUGGCAAAGAUAAUAUUUGUUUUGGUGUUCGCAAUUGCGGUUGCGAUGCCGUUGCGUACCGUUAUGGGACAGGGAAACUGGCAGGAACUUAUGGGACAUGGAGAUUUGGCUGAGACUAUGGAUGAGGCUAAGAAGGCUCUUGGUGCUGCUAAUACUGCAGCAGCCGGUCAAGCCGCGUUUGACGAUUAUUUUGGUGGUGGUGGUGGUGGUGACGCUCUAGGUGGAGCCGGUGGAGCCGCUGAUACAGUUGAUGAUGAGGUUCCAGUUGAGGGUGCAUCUUUGGCUGAUUGGAUAGAUGAAAACGCUACAGAAGCAGCAGUUGCACAACCAUUGCCGGUGGAUUCACCAAUCGGUGCACCAGAAGAUUUACCAGCAGAGACACCAGAAGGGUCACAAACAUUCGAGGGCCUAUCACCAGGCCUAUCACCGGGAUAUGAACUCAAAUAUUCACCAUUCGGAUCACCAUCGGAUGAACCCAAAGUUAUACCCGAGGCACCAGAAGACGAUAACGACGAAGGCAUAGUUGACAAAAGAAUAGUGGGGGUUUCUCCAAUAGGGUCGCCAACGGAUGCACCUGAUGGAGCACCAUCAGAUGACGAUGACGACGUGGAUUCACCUGAUGGUGCACCGUCAUUCGCACCUGGAGUAUCUGGAUUCGAUGAUGAUAAUUGAAGCAAAGAAUAGUAACUUCAACAUCAAGUAAUUCUAAUAUCAAUGUUGAUUAUCAACAUACAGUUAAAUUCCCUUGAAAUGUUAAACCAAUUUGAGUAUGUAACAUAACAUAACACCUAUCAAUUUCCCUCCUUAACAAAAAUGUGGCUAUUUGUUA